GAUGGAGCGCGAGCGGCUUUAUAGAACACUGGGAGCGCGCACUCACUUUAAUUUCAGAGGGUGAAGUUGACGUCACCGCUGUUCCAAAUUAAUUCUGUAGAACGACAGAGCGCAACAUUUCCCUGCCUUUUGCCGUUCUCGAGAGGGCAAGUGAGGAUUAGGAUGGUCAUCAGAGUGUAUAUCGCCUCCUCGUCCGGGUCUAUCGCGGUGAAGAAACAUCAGCAGGCCAUCGUGGGCUUUCUGGAGGCAAACAGGAUCAAAUUUGAGGAGGUUGACAUCACCAUGCUGGAGGAUCAGAGGCUCUGGAUGUACCGGAAAAUUCCAGAGGAGAAACGACCUGAAAAGGGCAAUCCUCUCCCCCCUCAGAUCUUUAGUGGAGAUGACUACUGCGGCGAUUAUGAAGACUUCUUCCAGUCUAAAGAGUCCAACACAGUGUUCUCAUUCCUCCGCCAGGGCUCACAGCCCUCUGUGAAGGACUCUGAAUCCUAGACUGUGUAGAUGGCAUUUCCUGGACUGAAUCACUGUGGUAUUGCUUCCCCUUCUGUGAUGUAACUCUCUUCCCCUGUUCUGGAGCCCUCACUGACAGCAAUGCUUUUGCCAAACACAUGCUGCCCUCCGGCCCAGCUUUUCCUAAGAAAAUACUGCACUUACAAAACACACAUACACUGGGUGGUUACAAAGGUUUUCAGUGGCCUAUUAAUUAUUUAUGUGUCUCUGUUAUGUUAUGUUUUGUUUGUCAUACAUAUGAUCCACGAAAUGCCUAUUUCAAAUAUUUCAAAAAGUGUCAAGUGAAAUUAUUCUGCAUGUUUGUGUGUCUAUUUGCAGAACAGUCAGGGUUUUCUAAACCUACUUAUGUAAAGCAUUUGUUAGAUGCUUAAAAAAAGGAUCUGUGUGUUAUAUUGUAGGUCUUUCCUGGCUUCGAUGUAGCUUGCCAGUGUUAAUUAAGACCUACGUUGUGACCUGCACAAAACUCUGUUGUGAGUUGUGUUUGUGUGCAUGUGAAAGAGAUUUUCUUUGUCUAGGAGCUCAGAUAAACAGCAAAAAGGAAAAGUUGGGAAAUAGCAGAGGAAUUUAGUAUAAUGUAGUCCUUUCUGCAGGCUUUUGAUUUGUAUUUGUAACAAAAAGUUCAGAUCAGAAACCAGAAAUCAACCCCAAAACAGGAAACAGAAUCCUGACCUGCAUUGGGAUCCCAGCAUAACAGUACACAUCUGAGUUCAGUUUCCACUGCUCAUCCAGACAUAUCAGUGGUUUGCUGAGAGUAAAACUAGUCUGAAAUAGUAUUUCAACCCCGAUAAAGGGAUAUUGCACCCAAAACUAUCACUUCUAGUUUUAUAAUUGGAGUUUCAGUUCAGUUCAGCUUCACCAGCCCAACUCCAUUUGUUCAUUUGGGAAACAAAUAAUAGAAAAAACUCUUUUGGUGGGAUAUUUCAGUCUUUCUUCCUUGUUGAUUCUCUGUUAAUGUGUAGUCUUUCUUCUCAAAGGUAUUUUAGCAUUUAGCAUGUAGCACACUGUGAUGCCUCAACUUACAGCAGACCUUAUGUAGCUUAGAUAGCGCUACUUAUAUCUGUGCUGUGGAAAUGAGUGUUUACUCAGGCCACGUCGACACUAAUACACUUUCUUUCAAAUAAAAAGCCUUAAUUUUGCGACGUUUACAACUCAUACACAUUACAACGUCUUUUUCCUGCUCAGAAAACAUAGUGAUUCGAAAAUGCUCUCCAUUACCACAUACUUUGGAAAAUGAUGACGUUGAGAAAUUGAAAAUAUAUUAGUGAGGAUAUCGCCUCAGAAAGUAGUUUUGUGGAACAUGUGUUAUGUUUACAUACAGACAUCACUAGGACACAAAAAGAGAGCUUGCACAUACACAAACACACAAAGCGAAAGUAUCUAUUUUCAUAAACGUAGGAGUUGGCUGGCCUCAGGCUUCAUACACAGACACACUCUCACAAACAUUCUGUGCAUUCUCAUUUCAUUUCCCUGAUAUUCUCCCCUCCCUCCCUUUCAUUAAAUUAUUCCACAUGAAUGAGUGCUGCAUUUAUGUUCACACACACACACACACACACCAUUCUCAGGACACCAUUGUGUUCUCUGCCCAUGUUGUCUCACUUAACACUCUAUUUAAUUAAUCCUUUUUUUAACCAGACUAUAUUAAUGUACGUAUGAAUUUAUUAUUGUUUACUCUCACAAUCUAAAUGAAUUAUAAAAAAUAUAAU